CCUCUAUUUAUACACCACAUCUCCCAUCAACCUCUCUUCAAAAAAUAAGAAAAAACAUCUUUAAUUCUUAGCCAUUUUCUCUUCUCCAAAUCUCCUCACACCCUUUAACAUUUCUAGCCAAUUCUUUAUUUUCUAGCCACUUCUUCAUUUUCUAGCCAUUUCUUGAUCAAACAAUGGCAUCAAAUGGUCAUGUUAAUGGAGGAGAAAACUUUGAGUUGUGCAAGAAAUCAUCAGCCACUGAUCCAUUGAAUUGGGAAAUGGCAGCUGAAUCUUUAAGAGGGAGUCAUUUGGAUGAAGUGAAAAAAAUGGUGAGUGAAUUUAGAAAACCAAUGGUAAAACUUGGUGGUGAAACUUUAACAGUGGCACAAGUGGCUGCUAUUGCUGUUAGGGACAAAAGUGCAAAUGGUGUUAAAGUUGAACUUUCUGAAGAGGCAAGAGCUGGUGUUAAAGCUAGUAGUGAUUGGGUUAUGGAUAGUAUGAAUAAAGGAACAGAUAGUUAUGGUGUUACUACUGGUUUUGGUGCUACAUCUCAUAGGAGAACCAAGAAUGGUGGUGCUCUUCAAAAAGAACUUAUUAGGUUCUUGAAUGCUGGUGUUUUUGGCAAUGGAACAGAAACAAGCCACACAUUGCCACAUUCAGCAACAAGGGCAGCUAUGCUUGUUAGGAUCAACACACUCCUACAAGGCUACUCUGGCAUCAGAUUUGAAAUCUUGGAAGCAAUUGCAAAAUUGAUUAACAGCAACAUUACUCCAUGUUUACCUCUCCGUGGCACGAUCACUGCCUCGGGCGAUCUUGUUCCUUUAUCCUACAUUGCUGGUUUGCUCACUGGUAGGCCUAAUUCCAAGGCUGUUAGUCCCAAUGGUGAGACCCUUAAUGCUGAAGAAGCGUUCCGCGUUGCUGGUGUUAACGGUGGAUUUUUCGAGUUGCAGCCUAAGGAAGGACUUGCACUUGUGAAUGGUACAGCAGUUGGUUCUGGUAUGGCAUCAAUGGUCCUCUUUGAUUCCAACAUUCUUGCUGUUAUGUCUGAAGUUUUAUCAGCAAUUUUCGCUGAAGUUAUGAACGGAAAGCCCGAAUUUACUGACCAUUUGACACACAAGUUGAAGCACCACCCUGGUCAAAUUGAGGCUGCUGCUAUUAUGGAACAUAUUUUGGAUGGAAGCUCUUAUGUGAAGGCGGCUCAAAAGCUACAUGAAAUGGAUCCUCUCCAAAAACCAAAGCAAGAUCGUUAUGCUCUCCGAACAUCUCCACAAUGGCUUGGCCCUCAAAUUGAAGUCAUUCGCGCUGCAACUAAGAUGAUUGAGAGGGAGAUUAACUCAGUGAACGAUAACCCCUUGAUCGAUGUUUCAAGAAACAAGGCAUUACAUGGUGGCAACUUCCAAGGCACCCCUAUCGGUGUGUCCAUGGAUAAUGCAAGAUUGGCUCUUGCAUCAAUUGGGAAAUUGAUGUUUGCUCAAUUCUCGGAACUUGUCAACGACUAUUACAACAACGGUUUGCCAUCUAACCUCACCGCAUCAAGGAAUCCAAGCUUGGACUAUGGUUUCAAGGGAGCUGAAAUCGCCAUGGCAUCUUACUGCUCAGAACUUCAAUUCUUGGCAAAUCCAGUGACAAACCAUGUCCAAAGUGCUGAGCAACACAACCAAGAUGUCAACUCCUUGGGCUUAAUCUCAGCAAGGAAAACAGCUGAAGCUGUCGAUAUCUUAAAGCUCAUGUCAUCAACUUAUCUAGUGGCACUUUGCCAAGCUAUCGACUUGAGGCAUUUGGAGGAAAACUUAAAGAAUGCAGUCAAGAACACAGUUAGCCAAGUAGCUAAGAGAACUCUUACAAUGGGUGCUAACGGUGAACUUCAUCCAGCAAGAUUCUGUGAAAAGGAAUUGCUACGAGUCGUGGACAGGGAAUACUUGUUCGCCUACGCUGAUGAUCCUUGCAGUUGCAACUACCCUUUAAUGCAGAAACUGAGACAAGUACUUGUUGAUCAUGCAAUGAAUAAUGGUGAAAGUGAGAAGAAUGUGAACAGCUCAAUCUUCCAAAAGAUUGGAGCUUUCGAAGACGAAUUAAAGGCUGUUUUACCAAAGGAAGUUGAGAGUGCAAGAGCUGCAUUGGAAUGUGGCAACCCUGCUAUUGCUAACAGGAUUACAGAAUGCAGAUCUUAUCCAUUGUACAGGUUUGUGAGAAAGGAGCUUGGAACAGAACUACUAACAGGAGAAAGAGUCCGAUCACCGGGCGAGGAGUGUGAGAAAGUGUUCACAGCAAUGUGCAAUGGACAGAUUAUUGAUCCAAUGUUGGAGUGUCUCAAGAGCUGGAAUGGUGCUCCUCUACCUAUCUGUUAGGUGUUUGCUUGAUUUCGCGCGACAGGAACUUUUGUUAAUGUUUGUCAAUGCUAUUUUUCAGAUUCUUUUUUCGCUCUUUGGUGAAUUACUAUCAUAAUAUGUUGUGAACUUAAUAGUUUUUUGGUUAGCUGAAAGAGUGUUAAAACUCUUUUAAAUAUGUUGGAUUGUAGUUGUAUAUGUCUCUUUUCAGUAUAAACUUAAUGAAAAGUGACAGUGUGCUUAAAUCUUCC